AAAUGUCAAAUUUUAUGUUAAUGCGGCAAAUAUUAAAAACACAUUGUGCACAUAAAAUUUGUUAAAAUAUAAUUGCAAUUAUGAAGAAAGUAAAAGUACAGGAAAAAACUGAGGAAAUAAAAAUGAAGGGAGUUACUAAGAAGAAAAAAGUGGAUGUCACUUCCGCUGAAAAGAAGAUAAAAAUGAAGAAAAUGCUUGAUCCACAGGAAUCUCAGACAACUGUUGAGAGAAAAGUUAAGUCUAAAUUUGAAGGUGCAGGAUCAGGACCUAAGAAGAAGCGAUCUGAUGUAUUAAAAGAAGACAAUGCUGACAGUGUAGAAAUGUCAAAAAAUUUGAUCAAAGUUAAUAAGAAAACUAAGUUUGAGAAUAAUCUACAGAAAAUGAAAGUUGGUAAAAAAAAGAAGAAUGGAGGCAGUACCGAGAAGACUGAUGCUAAGAAAGGUGUGAAAAAAUCAAAGAACAAAUUAGAGAAUGUCAAUGGAAAGAAUAAACAUAAGUCUUCUUUAAAGGGAAUUGAAGGUCUUAAGGAUAUUGACCCAGAAUUUUACGAGUUUCUUAAGAAAAAUGAUAAAAAGCUUUUGGAAUUUAAUGUGCUCGAUAGUGAUGAAGAGGACGUUUCGGAUGAUGAAACUAGAGCAUCAAAUGUGAAGGAUUCUAGAAAAAACGAUAUGUUAGACAACUCUGAAGAUGAUAACGACGAUGUGGACUCGGUUGAUAUUAAUGAAGAGAAGUAUCAUAAACCGGAUGCCAACUUAGAAGUUGCAAGCGAUGAAAGUGACUUUGAGGAUGAAGAUGAGAACAAAGCAACAGGAGCCGAUGGCGUGCACAAAGUUUCACUCAAUCUAUUGCGUCAGUGGCAAUUACAAUUAGAGAAAGCAAAUGUAACAAUAGAUGUAAUUCGGAAAGUAAUACAAGCUUUCAGUUCUGCUUUAGCAAGCUUAUCAACGGAUGGAGAACAAGGCCAUGCACCAACUGUUUUUAAAGUUGUCGGGGCUGGUGUAUUUAACGGUGUCGUGCAAUUAUGUGUUUUGCAUCUACAGCAGGCUAUACUUCGAUUUUUAGGCGUAUCUGCAAGGCCAAAUGUACCACUUCAUAAAACUAAAAAAUGGGAAAAAAUACGAGGUUGCUUGCGUUACUACUUGACUGAUUUAAUACGUUUAAUAGAACAAGUGUCCAGUUCAAAUAUUUUGUCAGUCUUGCUUAAGCAUCUUCAUCAGAUGGCUGGCAUGGUUGCAUCGUUUUCAACGCUAGGUAAAACGAUAUUAAAAAGACUGAUAGUUCUAUGGUCCACAGGUGACGAAACAGUACGUGUACUGGCUUUUCUUUGCAUACUAAAAAUUACUCGUAACCAACAGUUAUCAAUGCUGCACCAUGUACUAAAAGCCAUGUAUUUAUCGUACGUACGCAACUCGAAAUUUGUCUCUCCUAACACUCUUCCGGCUAUAAACUUUAUGCGGCGUUCGCUUGUGGAAAUGUUUGCGCUUGAUUUAAAUGUGUCCUAUCACCAUGUAUUUCUUUAUAUACGGCAGUUGGCGAUACAUCAACGAAAUGCUGUUAUUUUGAAGAAAAAAGAUAGCUUUCAAGCAGUGUAUAAUUGGCAAUAUAUAAACUCAAUACGUCUUUGGGCAGAUCUGUUAGCAACAACCUCUAAUAAACCACAACUACAGCCGCUGUUGUACCCUUUUGUUACAAUUACAAUUGGAGCAUUGCGACUUAUACCAACAGCGCAAUAUUUUCCUUUACGGUUCCAUUGUUUACAAGCGCUAAUAACAUUGUCUAAGGAAACACAUAUAUAUAUGCCAAUACUACCGCUUAUACUAGAAGUGCUGCGCAGCAAAACAUUCAAUAGUAAACAUACGGUUGUAUCCAUGAAACCAUUGCAAUUUACUUGUAUCCUUCGUCUUAACAAAUCACAGCUUGCAGAGAAUGGAUUUCGUGACGAAGUAGUUGAGCAGAUUUGUGCUUUAUUGCUCGAAUACUGUGCUUAUGAAUCAGCAUCAUUAGCUUUUAGUGAUUUGGUUGUACCAAGUGUGGUACACCUUAAAGCCUAUAUAAAAGAUUGCCGAAAUGCGAAUUAUUCACGUAAAUUAAAACAGUUGUUGGAUAAAAUCCAAGAAAAUCAACGGUUUAUCGACCAGGAGCGCCGCAAAAUUAAUUUCAGUCUUAAGGACUUAGUACAAGUACAAGCAUGGGAAACACAGCUACGUAACAAGGGAACUCCACUUUCAAUCUAUUAUAACAGUUGGGUAAAAACGCACGAAACCAAGAAACGCCGGCAAGCGGCACAAGCAGACAGCAUAAAUGAUGAUUACAAUUUACCAAUGAUAAAACGUAAAUCCGUAGGUCCACCUGUAAAAGACAUUAACGGUGAAGUUGAACUUUUCCCCUCUGAAUCGGAAGAUGAUGUUCCUGCGGCAUUGCAAAGUGAUGAAGACAACAAAACAGAUGUAUUAAAACAAAAGGUCAAAAAAACUAAAAAGAUAAAGAAAACAAAGAAAGCGAAACAAACUGAUGAUAACCCGGUUACUACAGCUCAAUCCGAAGAAUUCUUAAAUGAUAGUGCGGACAAUAUAGAUAUAGUUAAAGAUUUAAAUUUAGAUGAUUGGUAAAUAUAUUAAGCAGAUAUAUUUAAGUUUAGUUAUUCAUAAAGAAAUAAAAGUACAGAAUAUAAAACAUAAUGUCUACCACAUCGUAAUGAUUUCUUUGAA